AUGCCUGAAAUUGAUAUAAUCCUAUACCACGGCGGUCCGCUUAAGAAUGCCAAUGCGAACAAGGGAUUGCCAUUUGAAGGGCCGGGUAUAAAGACCUAUUAUACCCCAAUUGAUCGUAGGUUGAAGACCCUUGACGAAUUGAAGAAGAUUGUCAUGGAAGAGUUGUGUGAGAAUCCUGCUGUGCACAACAUACGAAUUACUUAUCGUAUGCCAAAUGAAAUCCUGAAGCACCAGAUUAAUUACAAGUAUAUGGCGAUAGAAACAAACAAAUAUGUAAAGAUCAUGUUUGACAAGUUUGAGAGAAUAGCUGAAGUAACUGACAUUGAGUUGUACAUACAGUUGGAGCUGCAUGCAGUCUGGCAAGAGGAUAUCCAACAAACAACCACAAGCUUACAGGUUACGGUUCCGAAUGCUCAAUAUGAGUAUUCUACACAUGUAGAGGAUGAUGAUGUUCAUGCCGAUGAUUUUGUCAAUAAAGAUGAGUAUGAAGACACGAUUGGCAGAGGGGACCUUGGGGACUUUGAGAGGGACAUUGAUGACGAUGAGACAUUGGAUGGUAGUGAACCUUAUGCAGACAAUGUUAUUAGUGUCCAAAACAUUACGAACACAAUCCCUGCCUACGCACCUCUUGCAUUGUCAUUCUCUAUAAAUACUUGGGAAAAUAUGGUUGAUCUUUCACAUAUUGAGAUGCCAUUUGUGUUUACUUGGAGAGAGGGGAUGAAUUUGUGCAAAGGGUUGACUUUUGCCAAUAAAGAGGAGGUGAAGCGCAUAUUAACAACUUGUGCCCUCAAGGAAAACAAACAUUUUACGAUCACUAGGUCGACGACGAAAAAACUUUGUGCAAAAUGCGUGCAUGAGUCAUGCAAGUGGUAUGUCUGCGUAGUUAUGAAGCCCGAUCUCCACCAACUAUGGAUGGUCACCGUGUAUGUGGGUCCUCACACGUGUAUACCGAUUGGGGUGCAAAAUGAUGGUAGAAUGAUGAGUUGUAAUUUUAUUGCAUCAGACAUCCAUCAGAAGUUAUGUGAGGAUUACACUACCCCAGUUAAGCAUCUCAGAUCUAUGAUAGAGACGAAAUAUAAUGGCCAUAAGCCUUCUUACUACAAGGUAUGGGAUGCGAAACAAAAGGCGAUUGCGAAGAUGUUUGGAAAUUGGGAAGAGUUUUACCAAAGGUUGCAAAAGUUGCUAAUGGUAUAUAUUGAUCAGGACCCGACUACCCAAGUGUUUUAUUGUAUCACAUCCACCAAUGAAGAUGACGUCGUAUUGUUGCAUUAUGUGUUUUGGCCUUUCGGUCCAUGCAUAUCAGGAUUUAAAUACUGUAAGCUGGUUAUCAGUAUUGAUGGGACCCAUCUGUAUGGUAAAUAUCAGGGAAAAUUGUUUGAAACGGAGAAAGAACCAAUACAAUCAGAUAUGAAACAUUUAUGUAUCAAUUAA